UUCCGCUCUUUUUCUCCCAACUCGCGAAGCAAAAUGCAGCAGAAGCGCAGAGAACCCGUUCAGGCUGUCCAGGUCUUCGGACGCAAGAAAACCGCCACCGCUGUGGCCUACUGCAAGCGUGGCAAUGGCCUCCUGAGGGUGAACGGUCGCCCCCUGGAGCAGAUUGAGCCCAAGGUCCUGCAAUACAAACUGCAGGAGCCCAUCUUGUUGCUCGGCAAGGAGAAAUUCGCCGGCGUGGACAUCCGUGUGCGCGUCAAUGGUGGUGGUCAUGUGGCCCAGAUCUACGCCAUCCGCCAGGCCAUUUCCAAGGCCCUCGUUGCCUUCUACCAGAAGUACGUCGAUGAGGCCUCCAAGAAGGAGAUCAAGGACAUUCUGGUCCAAUACGACAGAACCCUGCUGGUCGGCGAUCCGCGUCGCUGCGAGCCCAAGAAGUUCGGCGGUCCAGGUGCCCGUGCCCGCUACCAGAAGUCGUACCGUUAAACUACUCUGUCUGGUUUUCAUUUUGGAUUAGAGCUAUUUUUACAAUUUGAAAAUGGUGUUUGCACGCGAGUGCGAAUAAAACGGAAUAAUUAACUGUACAGACGA